GUGGAGGUGGAGGAGGAGGAGCAGCAGGGUUUCAAGUGAAGGAUGCCAGAGAAAAGCUGGCGCAGAAAGAUGCUCGCUUCAAAAUCCGUGGCAGGGGGGGAGGAGGAGCCGGAGGAGUGCAGGAUGCUCGUCAGAUGAUCAACUCGCGCAAACAGGGGCAGAAUCAGUUCAGUGUCCCUGCACAGACCACGCAAAAGACCGCAGUAACACACCAGCUACAGAGCCAUGCGCUUGUGCCACAGAUACAGAUACACACCAACAAUCUUGCCGGUGUGAACACAAGGCACUUUGCCCCUAAUGUACAAGGACUGAGUGGGAGGGCUAGUGCAAUGCCACAGCUGAGCAAUAAUAAGAGAAUGAUGGAUGCUCGUGAUAGGCUGAGCCUCAAGAGGAGCAUUGGAGGGACACAGACACUGGCAGUUGCCACACCACCCCUAAAAAUAACUAAGACUAUCCAGCAGCGUCCAGUAGGGAUGUCAGGUGGAAUACGUCCAGUUACACAGCCUGUCUCAAAUGAACACGAUGGCAUCUCCACUAAACAAAUGAAGAUCACCACAGCUAAUAGUAUGCUACAGUCUCGGCCUGGUGCAGUCGGCUCCACAUUCUCCAUGUCAGCCCCGAUCACCAAGGUGGUUAAAAAUGAUGCUUACACCGCCCCACGUCCUCCUGUCCCUGUGGCUCCCACCCGGCCCAACACCAGCAUGGCCGCUGCCCGGUCCUCAGCUGCAGCCUUACAGCCAGUCUCCAGGACCCUCCAGCAAAGCGCAGCAGAAACCAGUACAACAGCUCCUACUCCUCCUCAGCCUGCUUUCAGUCCUUUGGAGGGGACAAAAAUAACGGUGAACAACCUGCAUCCCCGGGUCACUGAGGAAGACAUAGUUGAAUUGUUCUGUGUGUGCGGAGCCUUGAAGCGAGCACGACUGGUUAAGGUGGGCGUUGCUGAAGUGGUGUUUGUACGUAAAGAGGAUGCCGUGAGCGCAUACAGAAAGUACAACAACCGCUGCCUGGACGGCCAACCCAUGAAGUGUAACCUUCAUAUUCAGGGAAAUGUCAUCACUUCUGAUCAGCCCAUUCUAUUGAGGCUCAGUGAUACUCCAGGGAUAGGUGGUGGUACAAAAAAAGACGGUCUGCCCCCCUCCUUGUCUCGCCCUGCCGGUCAGCGAGCCUCUUCUCAGCCCACUCCAGAGGUGGACCCCCAGACCAUCCUCAAAGCUCUGUUCAAGUCCACUGCACAGUCCACCUCCACCACUGAGCCCCCAAGCUCACAGGCCACUGCCUUUCGCAUCAAGAUAUAGCUCAUGUCUAGUGUGAAUACGCUGUCUGUUCAUAAACAUAUAACUGCAUUCUCAGUGUUCACAUACAAACUGUGUUUUUCACCCUGACAGCGGCAGGCGGCGCGAGUUUUCUCAUAUGAAGCCGAUUUUUACACAUUUGAUAUACAUGACUUCACUGAAAUUCAUGGAUACCCAACAUCUUGUUGUAUGGUAUCCAAAUGUCACCUGUUUGUUCCUGAGAUGGACCAGUGGAAAGAAGUGUGAUGUGAUUUGUUAUUUUAAUCCAAUGUGGUGGGGGUUGCCAAAUCAAACUCGAUAUGUAGGGAUUUUUUUUAUUUUUCAUCAAUUCGAUGCCAAACUAUAAGAAUAUGUUGAGUCAUUUUAAUACUCCAGUAUAACUCCAGCUACCCAAUGCCCCAAAUUAAAAGGAAAGGAGUAAAAAAAAAAAAAAAAUAGACCUAAAAGUCUAAUUGACGGACACUUAGCAGCAUUGAAAGAUAGCGUUUAAUGAGAGGAGGUCCCGUAUAUCCACACAGGUGUGUUCAGUUAUAUCAUUGGACCAUAGAAAUAAAACAAGAUAGACUAAACCUAAAUAGAAGAAACACAAAACGGUAGAUACAGCAUCUUUCUGAUCAGGCAGGACAAUGAAGGUGUCCUCACCAAAUCCUUGCCACAAGUCCAUUCUAUCCAACUUCAACUUGAGAAGAGGUCUUCCUAUCCAAAAUAACUGAAAACACUUGUGUGAGUCAGUCAGGGGUAGACAGAAGUGUAAACACCAUAAUUUCAGUAAACCAGUUAUCAUGCAGUCAUUUAUGUUGAUACUAUGUUUUUACCAUCCCUGUGGCAUCCAGAUUCUUGUGUGCUCUGUGACUGGUUUUACCUGGUUGUCCAGUUUUGAAGCAGUAUAUGUUUAAUUCUUUGUAGUAUACAUUACACUCGAUUUCUUUCCAGGACUGUAAAUUGCGUUCUGUUGCUUUCUUGGUAUGUCAGUGAAGAAACUAGAGAGGUCAGAUCUGUCUGUGAAAUGUCGCCAUUAAAUAUUUAGCUUUGUA